AGAUAUGUAAAAUAAGUCUUUGUGCAGUUUCUUAUAAGCUUCUCCUCCCCUUCUCCGAUGGCUUCUUCCUUCCAAAGAUCUGGAUAUCUUCAUAUAGAAUAGUUACAGAAAGUAGUAAGUACUGGUGAAGAACUAUCUAGAGAUCGGUCGACGAUCAUACUGUUUGAUUCUAGCUUGUAAGCUCCAUAUAUAUAUAUAUAUAUAUAUCUUUGAAAUUUCCAUCAUACGAUUAUAUAUAUAUAUAUAUUUCUACCGUUUCCUUGUUUUUUUUUUUAAAUAAGAUUUUUAUGCAUGAUCUAUCUCUUCUUGAUUUUGAAUACUACGUCAUAUCAGUGAUCGAUAAGGUUUGCUAAGGAAGCACAGUGCAGCAUAUAUUGUGUGAUAUAUACAUAUAUACAGCAAUUGAUUACCAACGAUAAGUCAGCGCGGGUGCGAAAGGUUCCGGCCGGAGGUCAUUAAUUUAAUUGUCAUCAGCAGCAUCACCUGGCAAUUAAUAAUAUAUCAAUGUCCGGCCUGGAAGCAAGCCCAGGUGCUAGUGCAGGGUCUCGUUAUGCUGCUCAUCAACUCCUGGGACCGGAACUGCAACUUCAAAGAGAUGCCAAAACUCCACAGCCAGGUAAUUAUAAAGACGACAUCAAUGAUCCUGAAUCUGCCACCACUAGUAGUUCAGGUGCCGGUAAUUCCUCCUCUGGACGCAGGCCUCGCGGCCGUCCUGCUGGUUCAAAGAACAAACCCAAGCCCCCGAUAAUCAUUGCGCGGGACACCCCAAAUGCUUUAAGAUCUCACCUACUUGAAAUAUCCCCGGGCUCAGAUAUAGUUGAAUCAAUAUCAAAUUAUGCAAGGCGCCGAGCCCAUGGAGUUUGCAUUCUCAGCGGUAGCGGAGCAGUCACAAAUGUUACUUUGAGGCAGCCGGGUGGUGGGGGUAGUUCUGCUGUGAUGACGCUGCACGGGAGGUUUGAGAUCUUGUCCCUAACUGGGACAUCGCUUCCAUCACCAGCACCACCUGAAGCAGGCGGCCUUUCGAUAUCUCUUGCUGGAGGACAGGGGCAGGUUGUGGGUGGACGUGUGGUGGGGCCUUUGAUGGCUUCAAGUCUUGUGAUUUUGAUGGCUGCCUCCUUUGCAAAUGCAAUGUAUGAUCGGUUACCAGUGGAGGAGGAUCGGGAGUCAGUACCAGCAGUAGAGGUGCAGCAGCAGCAGCGGCCAGCAACCUCACAAUCGUCGGGAGUGGCUGGAUCAGGUGGAGGACAAGUUGCUGGUGGCGGAAACGAUGGCAUUAGUGGUGGUGGUGGUGUACCCUUUUAUAAUCUGGGAGUGAACGGUAUGGGAAGCUACCCUUUUUCCGGUCAUGGCGAAGGAGAUCGUAUGUUUAGUAGUCCAGCAGGUCUGCAUUUUAAAUGAGUAUAUACCGCUAGCUAGCUAGCUACUAGUGUUAAUAAUGAAUAUCCCAAUUUAAAGAUCUGAUUAAUUAGUGUCUUCCCGUAUUAAGUUCAAGAAUUAGACAGGGAUAUUGGUGCUGAAUCAGUAUUUCUUCAAGAUCAAGAAGAAGAAGAGUGCAGGAAAUUCUGUGUCCUUUUCAUUUUGUUAGCAAGAAAUUUAAACAAUGUUGUCGUUGUUGCGAUCAACAUUGCAAAUGGUGAUUUUGUAGAGGGGAAUUGUAUCAGAUCAGGAGAGGAUGUAGUCCUUUGAAAAGCUAAAUGAAGAGCGGAUUAAUCGAAGAUCCUGUUAAGUGUGCCCAAAAUCAGUAAGUCAAC